AUGCCAUUCGAUCCAAACACAUCCGAAUUGCCUUUCGACCCAAACACUAAGCUUAAGAAACUGUACAUCAAAACUUCGUCAGAAUCGCCCUUCUAUGCAAACACGUCAGAAUCGCCCUUCUAUGCAAACACAUCAGAAUCGCCCUUCUAUGCAAACACGACCGAAUCAACGUUUUAUCCAUUUACGUCAGAAUCGCCCUUCAAUGCAAACACGACCGAAUCACCGUUUUACCCAUUUACGUCAGAAUCGCCCUACUAUGCAAACACGACCGAAUCACCGUUUUACCCAUUUACGUCAGAAUCGCCCUUCUAUGCAAACACGACCGAAUCACCGUUUUACCCAUUUACAACCGAAUCACCGUUUUACCCAUUCACUACCGAAUCACCAUUUUCUCCAAAUUUGUCAAUCUCAAUUGAUGGUUCCAACUCUAGUACCAUUGGAGUAUUGUGCUUGGGUAUCCCUGAGAGUCCUUUUUGUCCACGCAACACCACAGACUCUCGGAACGGGACACGACCAGCCGAAGGGACCCCCGUGACGCCAGAAGGAUAUGAAGGAGUCGUUGCUAUAACAGGGCUACUCCCUGGAUCAUAUUACGUAAUAACAGCCCAUGACGGGUUCAGUACUGAGAGCACUGACGGAUGCACACACCCUGACACGCCUGAAGUCACUUCAAAAGGGCUCGAUUCCACGUCCUUGGUGAUCAGCGUUUCAAUUCCAAAUGGAGGAUUCGAUUAUUGGCUGGCUGAGAUCAGCACUGACCAUGGCCUACAAUCCUCUCCUCAGUAUGCAGAUACCUUUAAUCAUACCUUCAGCGGGGGUGGACUGGGGGUGGGGAAAGAGUACACUGUGACGGUGACUGUGGGUGUAGGUAACACUACUCAUUGUGGAGCCACUGGCUUAGUGACGUCAUCUGCUACUAUCACAACUGCUUCUGUUGGAUGUGACAAGCUCGAUCCUGUCUUAGCCACAAUAGCGACCCUCAAUUCAUCAGCAUUGCGUCUGGCAAUCUCUCCAAACAACACCUGGGAUACAUUCUCUGUUCAGUACUUUAGUUUCUUGUCUCAGCUGUCACCCACAAUAGUAGACAGCAUUAAUGCAUCGUCGCUACCUUACGUUUUAUCGGGUCUAGCGGCUGGAACGAAAUACGAGGUUAAUGUAACUGUGAAACUUGGCAGGAGGAGGUGUAAUUAUGAGUUCGACUUGCCCUCACAAUCCGCAGUUUCGUAUGCUUGCACGGUGCCGGACACGCCUGAAGUCACUUCAAAAGGGCUCGAUUCCACGUCCUUGAUGAUCAGCGUUUCAAUUCCAAACGGAGGAUUCGAUUAUUGGAUGGCUGAGAUCAGCACUGACCAUGGCCUACAAUCUUCUCCUCAGUAUGCAGAUACCUUCAAUCAUACCUUCCGCGGGGGUGGACUGGGGGUGGGGAAAGAGUACAAUGUGACGGUGACUGUGGGUGUAGGGAACACUACUUAUUGUGGAGCCACUGGCUUCAUGAAGUCAUCUGCUACUAUCACAACCGCUUCUGUUGGAUGUGACAAGCUCGAUCCUGUCUUAGCCACAAUAGCGACCCUCAAUUCAUCAGCAUUGCGUCUGGCAAUCUCUCCAAACAACACCUGGGAUACAUUCUCUGUUCAAUACUUUAGUUUCUUGUCUCAGCUGUCACCCACAAUAGUAGACAGCAUUAAUGCAUCGUCGCUACCUUACGUUUUAUCGGGUCUGGUGGCUGGAACGAAAUACGAGGUUAAUGUAACUGUGAAACUUGGCAGGAGGAGGUGUAAUUAUGAGUUCGACUUGCCCUCACAAUCCGCAGUUUCGUAUGCUUGCACGGUGCCGGACACGCCUGAAGUCACUUCAAAAGGGCUCGAUUCAACGUCCUUGAUGAUCAGCGUUUCAAUUCCAAACGGAAGAUUCGAUUAUUGGAUGGCUGAGAUCAACACUGACCAUGGCCUACAAUCUUCUCCUCAGUAUGCAGAUACCUUCAAUCAUACCUUCAGCGGGGGUGGACUGGGGGUGGGGAAAGAGUACAAUGUGACGGUGACUGUGGGUGUAGGGAACACUACUCAUUGUGGAGCCACUGGCUCAGUGACGUCAUCUGCUACUAUCACAACUGCUUCUGUUGGAUGUGACAAGCUCGAUCCUGUCUUAUCCACACUAACGACCCUCAAUUCAUCAGCAUUGCGUGUGGUAAUCUCUCCAAACAACACCUGGGAUACAUUCUCUGUACAAUACUUUAGCGUCCUGUCUCCGUUGUCAAUCACAAUGGUGGACAACAUCAAUGCAUUGUCGCUACCUUACUUUUUAUCGGGUCUGGCGGCUGGAACGGAGUACGGGGUUAAUGUAACUGUAAAACUUGGCAGGAGCAGGUGUAAUUAUGGGUUCGACUUGCCCUCACAAACCGCAGUUUCGUAUGCUUGCACGGUUCCCGAUUUUGUCAACAGCUCAGAGGUGCAAGUCAGUGACCUUGAGAGGAGCAGCACCAUCUCCUUUUCUGGCAUCUCUGGAGUCCUGUCCGGAUCCUUCCAGUCAAUGCUCUACCGUCUAUCCAGUCUGAACCACCAAGGGUGCAGUGACAACAUAGAGGGGACCUUCCCAGAUUUGGCAGCUCAGCAGAAUAUAACAGGAGUAGUGAUGGGUUGUUUCUAUCAGCUGGCUAUUUCAGCACAAUGUGGCAAUUUGACUGGACCUGCGUCUUAUUUCAACAUUACCACAGUACCACGCGGAGUUGAUAUGUUCUAUGUGUCGAUGGUGCAAUCUUCGGAAUUUGUUCAUUUCGGAUCUUCACAUUAUUCAGACGUCAAACCGGUCGGAGGUCACAUUGACGGGUUUCAGAUCAAAUCAGUUUGGCCAAACAGUGCCGAAAUGUUUCCGACAGGUGUGAACAGUUCAUCAGUUAAUGGAACUAUAAAAAUGAAAUUUCCGCCCGCGGAGGUUUUCACAGUUCAAAUUGAAAGCUUCAUCGAAAGACCCUCCGAGAAGAUUACUUCAUUUGAAGUCGCUUCUUUCAAGUACUGCUCGCGACCCGACCCUGUUGAAAACUUAAAACAAGCCAGUUCAGCUGAAGACGCAGUCAUUUUGACAUGGAGUGAACCUAUCAGUGGUACUAUUGCACCAAACGCAUAUUUGGUUAGCGUCAGAACUAUCACCGGAGAGCUUCUUAUAUCCACCAGACUUCCGAUCCCCUCUCAAAGUAAUGAGGGUCUCUUCACGUUCGAAUCUUCCGACAUCACGUCUCUUCCGUUGGCUACUGAGCUGAUUUGUUCGGUCCAGACUAUGAUUGCGAUUUCAUGCCAUCACGAAUUCGAUUUUGGAUGGGUGAGCUAUGACAACAGUGUGAGCAGUCGAGAAAUUCCUUGCAGAACUGAGGGUUCGGGUGGCAGGCCAAUUGAUCACAGCUUCUUCUUUCUCACGCCCACUCUCCUCUUUGUCCAAUGGGAGACACCGGAAGACUUUUUCAACCUGCUCAGUGGAGACUACUACUCCAUUCUGCUGAACGGCCAGGAGAAACAAUCUAUAAGACCUAUUUCAAGAGCUCUUAGCGUCCCUCUGGAGGUUGACUUAUGCAUCAGCCAGAAUAUUACCAUCCUCCCUGUAAGAGAAGGUCUCAACGCUGAAGAAUUGCAGUUCCCCAUCAGAAAUUGGGACGAUGACACCUUCAGGAAGCAGGACCUUGGCAACUUCAGAUUCGCAAUAAUGGAGCAAUGCGGAUUCUGUCCAUCAAAACAAUUGGACAACUUAUGUCAGAUCCCCUUCGAACACGAAGGACAGAACUACAGAACUUGUGUUCCAAUCACAGACCAAGAUGAGUUGCAGUGCAAGGACAAAAACGGAAACAUUCUAAACUGCUACUAUGACGAGGAAGACUUCUGCAAGCCGCCUGCCCCAGAGCUGGGAGCAGUCUCCUUUUCGACCCUUGUGCCCGGCGAAGCAGUUCGACAAUUCUGGAAUGUAUCUUCCAAUUUGUACAACAACUUCGAAGUUGUCAUCAACGGCCAACUGCAGGCAAUGGUUAAACAAACAGAAUUCAAUUCUACCAAUUUAACAGUUGGAGUCAGUUAUGAGGUAGAAAUUUACAUGAACAGUUUUCUUCGACGAGUUGGACCGCAGGUUCUUGCUUACAACUUGACUAACUCAAGAGAGAAUUUGGGCGCCUCAAAUAUUACCCCUUUCUCGGCUACGCUGAACGUCGACAUACAGCAAUCAACUGAUACAGAAAAUGGCACCGAUAACUGUCCGAUCGGAAAACUGGAGCUAAGAGCUCAAGUGCAAGUGGCCGACUACGUUCCGCUGUUUCUCUCGGCAGAUGAAAUAGAAGCACGCCAGUCUUCAGAUGUGGUUGGUGUUUCGUCAGCCUUGCGGGUGGGUGGAUUGGAUUCGGGCAUCGUGUUUUGCUUCCAAGUGGCGCCUAUCAAUUCUUGCACCAAUUCGACUAUUGCUAAUCGAACAUUGAACAAUUGUGCUCCUUUAGUGCCUCAACCGCUAAACCAGCAGACGAGUAACCUGACCUUUGCAGUUGACCUUGAAGAUGGGUCACUCCUAAUCACUGCGGCUUUGCGUCAGUUCACAGCCUCUGAGUUGAUAGACGUGGUCGUUACUUGCUCUGCUCCGAACAUCACAAUUAUCGACAAUGACGGCUCCAAACUGAUGAUCAGAGAAGCUGAUGACGCUAUUAAAAAUCAGACGGCAGUGGAGUGCAGAACUGCGACAUGUGCGUCCCAAUCGGAGUCCGGAGGAGUCGGGUUCCAGUCGGAAGUGGUCGCUGGAGAUAACCGGGAGGCUGGGUCGAAAUGUGAGGUGGAAAUCUUCACGCGAACAGGUUUCUCAGAAUCAGAACACACGAUAAUUUCACACUACGAAGUUCCGGAUCCAGUAGAGCAACUCAAUGUCUAUUUCGUGGAUGAGAACUCAAUCAGACUGGCAUGGCUUCCUCCGGCUGUUGGAUAUUUUGACCACUUCCUGAUCGAGAUUUACCACCAAAAUGUCUCGCUGCUCGAAAUCCAGAAAAUUGACUCAUAUCUGCGAUUUGUCGUAACUGACCUUGAACCUGGAAACCAAUACACUGUGCGAGCAUAUUCUGUCGCGGACCCUGAAGGUCAAGUGAGGUCAGAGGCGAGGGUUCUCGCUCAAGACACAGCUCCAGUGCCGCCCGAAUCCAUUUCAACCGAUCGGUCAAAUGACCUGCAGACAUUCACUAUUGUUCUCUCAAUUCCUCAGACAGGACUUUUUGGCGGCUUCAGCGUAGAAGUCAACGAACAAGACGAAGACGGCGAUGACAUUGACUCAACCGAGAAUGUUCUAGAAGAUAGUUCAGUUAAAUUGCCUAUCACUUUGAGUUCGGAAGAAACUGCAGUCGGCGUUAAGUUAGCGAAGUUUGCCCAAGUUUACUCGAUCAGGGCUCGAAGUUUGACAAAGAAUGGACAGCCUAGUGUUCGGUAUGCGGGUCAAGAUGUAAUCACAGGGUUGCCAGAUAUGCAAAUAGUUGUUCACGAGGUUUCCAAGGACGCAAGUCAUGUCUGUUUUGUGUGGGAGUCAAUAAAUGGAACUGCGGGCGCAGGAACUUUCAACAGACUCCGAACUCUCUUGCUACAAGAGAACACUUUCAUGAGACAGAUCAAAAUAACCAACGUGCACUUGAAUUCUACAAUUCAUGGCAUUGGACUGACGUGUCUUCACUACUCUCAAAACUACACUGACGAUAAAAUUACACUGGAACUCCUCUUUUCCAAAGAACAUCUUGCAAGUGGCCUGAAAACAGCUGCUAAUAUGAACAAACUCGACUUCACAUUAACUCCUGCUAUCAACUUCGCCAUUCAUAUGGACAUUGACUGCGAACCAUUCGAAUGUGCUCUGACUGUGAAGGACAAUCAACUAUUCUACCGUGACAAGUUCAGCUUCGAAGCCAAUCUGUUCUGGAAGAAGGGAUCUUCAGAUGAGGCUCCCGAAAUGGUUCAAGAAAUGACAAUGGAAGGAUCACAAUGUAUUUUGGAUUCAAAUGUAUGCAGCUAUAUUUUAAAAAAUCUGAUGGAAAGCAGCGAUUAUUCGCUACAGGUGCAGCCAUCCUUAUUUGGGGAAGCGAUGCCCCAAAUCUUUACUUUCGAGUUUUCUACACCUUCAGCUCCCAACGACAAUGGGGUUUUAGCACAAGGUGUGAUUAUUCUUAUCAUCAGCGUCAUUGCAGCUGUCGUGAUUAUUUUGUUAUUGUCACUGGUAGUUCUACUUCUGACCAAUGCUCGCUGCAGAUCUUCUCAGACCAACCAACCGACUCUGCAGAGCGAUUAUGGUGUACCUUACGGCUACAACGACCCUGCUUACGUACUGUCCCCACUCGAGUACUCGAACAAAACGGAAGGUUCUCUGCAUCAAAGUCACAGCAAUCGUGCCAGAAUGUCUGCAGUCGAGUACUUGAACAAAAAUGAGGGGUCUAUGCAUCAAAAACAAAACCAUCGAGGCAGAAUGCCUGCAACGGAGUACUUGAACAAAAAUGAGGGCUCUAUGCGGCGAAAUCAAGGCUAUCGUGCCAGUGUGAAUGAACUCGAAUACUUGAAUGGAAACGAAGACUCUGUGCAUCAAAAUCAAGACUAUUGUGCCAGAGUGAAUGAACUCCAAUACUUGAAUGGAAACGAAGAUACUCUGCAUCAAAAUCAAGACUAUUGUGCCAGAAUGAAUGAACUCCAAUACUUGAAUGGAAACGAAGACACUGUGCAUCAAAAUCAAGACUAUUGUGACAGAGUGAAUGACCUCCAAUACUUGAAUGCAAACGAAAACCCUGUGCAACAAAAUCAAGACUAUCGCGAGGUUAACCAAAUCUGGAUCAUGACUGACGACAACCGAGUCUGGAUCAAUGACUACAGAGAAAAUGAGAGAAACUGAGUAAGAAAAUGAGAGAAAUUACGGCGAAAAACGCUUUAAUCACAACUGUUACUUGCACUAUUUUGAACUCAAAUUUAACAAAAAUGAUGCUUUUUGUGUAAAUUUGUUUAUCAGAAAAUGAUUAACCUCACAGAAAAAUCAAACUGAAAACAAUCCAACAAAGCCAAAAUUAACUCGAAUCAAAAAUUUUGUAACUUUUG